CCGCCCCCGCCGGGCUCGGCUCGCACCGCCGGUUCCGCUUUACAUAACGGCGCGGGCCGGCAUGGGCUCGGGGCCCCGCGUCCGCCCCGCCGGCCGCCCGCACUGUCGCGGCCCGCGGUGGCCAGGGCGGCGGCCCGGGGGCGCCUCGUCUCGCGACUGUCAAGCCCGGCGGCGGAAAUGAGGAGGCGCCGGCCCCUGCCGGAGCCCGGGCUUCCUGCCUGAGCCGCCGCCGGCGGGGCCCGGGCGCGGGGCCACCAUGGGCCGGCCGGGCCCCCAGCGCCUCUCCCGCAGCCCGGCCGCUCCAGCUCGGUCUCCGCCAUGAACGGGCCCACCCUGCAGCCCCCCUCGGCCUCGCCCGCGCCCGCGGCCCCGCCGGCGGCGCCGUGCCCGCGCGGCUGGAGCGACUUCUGCGAGCGGCACGCGGUGGCCACGGCGCGGGAGCUGGCCCGCCAGUACUGGGCGUUCGCGCGCGCGCACCCGCAGCAGGCGCCGCUGCGCGCCGAGCUGGUGUCGCUGCACUUCGCCGACCUGUUCCAGCGCUACUUCUGCCGCGAGGUGCGCGACGCGCGCCCGCCGCGGCCCCCCGCGCGCGACUACCGGGACACGGGCCGCGAGCCGGGCCCCGCGCGCGGCCUGCCCAAGGCGCGCAGCUCCGAGGAGCUGGCCCCGCCGCGGCCCGCGCCCUGCGCCCUGCAGCACCUGCGCCGCGGCCUGCGCCACCUGUUCCGCCGCCGCUCGGCCGGGGAGCUGCCGCCCGCGGGGGACGCGCCCGACGCCGCCGCCCGGCCCGGCCCGGCCCGCAAGCUGCUGCCCUGGAGCCUGACCCGGGAGCCGCCGGCUGAGGCGCUCAAGGAGGCGGCGCUGCGCUACAGCCUGGCGGACGAGGCGGCCAUGGACAGCGGCGCGCGCUGGCAGCGGGGGCGCCUGGCCCUGCGGCGCGCGGGGGGCCCCGACGGCGCUGCCGAGCGCGUGCUGGAGCUCUUCGACCCGCCCAAGAGCUCCAAGCCCCGGAUCCAGGCGGCCUGCUCCAGCAUCCAGGAAGUCCGCCGCUGCACGCGCCUCGAGAUGCCCGACAACCUCUACACCUUCGUGCUGAAGGUGAAGGACCGGACGGACAUCAUCUUCGAGGUGGGGGAUGAGCAGCAGCUGAAUUCCUGGAUGGCUGAGCUUCGGGAAUGCACAGGCCAAGGGCCGGAGCGCGCCGACACAGAGACGCAGUCCGCAGCCCUGGAGCCCGGCCCGGCUAGUUCCCCCGGGGGGAGCACGGAUUCCCUGAACCAAGGUGCUUCUCCUGGGGGGCUCCUGGACCCAGCCUGCCAGAAAACUGAGCACUUCCUGGCCUGCUACCCCUGGUUCCACGGCCCCAUUUCCCGCGUGAAGGCGGCCCAGCUGGUCCAGCUGCAGGGCCCCGAUGCGCACGGCGUGUUCCUGGUGCGGCAGAGCGAGACGCGGCGAGGGGAGUACGUGCUCACCUUCAACUUCCAGGGCAUCGCCAAGCACCUGCGGCUGUCCCUGACGGAGCGCGGCCAGUGCCGGGUGCAGCACCUGCACUUCCCCUCGGUCGUGGCCAUGCUGCACCACUUCCAGACGUCCCCCAUCCCCCUCGAGUGCGGCGGCGCCUGUGACGUCCGGCUGUCCAGCUACGUGGUGGUCGUCUCGCAGCCUCCAGGUUCCUGCAGCACCGUCCUGUUCCCCUUCUCCCUCUCACGCUGGGACUCGGAGCUGGGCCUGCCCCACCUUGGCCCCGAGACACCGCCCGGCCGCGCCUCGCCCUCGGAGCAGAUCUUCCACCUGGUGCCUUCGCCCGAGGAACUGGCCAACAGCCUGCGGCACCUGGAGCCCGAGCCUGCUGGCCGCGCCCACGACCCCGACUAUGAGAUGGACUCCCCGUCCCGGAGCCACCUGCGGGCCAUCGACAACCAGUACACGCCCCUCUGACGGCCCCUGCUGCCCAGGAGGGACUUGCGAAUGUAACUUUCUUUCCUUCCUUCCAGAGAGAGAUGAAGGGGCACUGGGAACUGCGCGCGCCAGUCUGGAGUGCCCCCCGUUAGGCCUGUUGAAGGGCCCCUACCCCUGCCACCCGGCCCCGGCUUCUAUUGUUUACAGAGGUAGUCUUGGUUCGCAGCUGCCGCUGGCGCCCGCCUGCGUCCCCGGGAGCAGAGCUGGCAGUGGAAACGCGUUCUCCCUUUCACUGACGCUGUCACAGCGAAGGACAGACUUUUUACUGGGGGUGGGGGUGGGGCAAUCAGGAAGCCCAAAACACUAACAAGCCCAGAUUCUCCCGGUUUCCCACUAUAGCUUCAGUUCACGAGGCUGGCCACCGGGAGACGCCUGUCCCGCUCCCACUCCCGGCCAGGACCCUGCUCUGGCAGAGGGACAAGCUAAAGGUCAAAAAUGAUUUUAAACAUUUUACCUCAGAUUAACUUUUUAAAAGGAUUCAGGUUUCGAAACUAAACCAUUGCUUCUCCAUCGUACUGUGGAACUAACUGCCCCCUGCAGCGUGUGGCGUCAGAGCCGGCUAUGCAGCCCCGCCCACUAGCACCCCCUCCCCUUGCCCCAGAGCAGUCCGUGUGGCCCCGUCGGGCCUACCCCGGUGCCUUACGAACAGUCUGGAUCUUGCUCUCCAGCAGCUUUCUGACAAGAGUGUACUGAGGGACGGGACGUGUGGCCAGGGAGGAAGCGACUUCUCCGGGCCUUUCUGCUGCAGCUGGCCACUGCUCCGUGCGAGGGGAUGUGCUCCAGUGGGGCCCACAGCCUCCUUCCUCGCCAGCCAGGGCGCCCGCAGCGCGUCUGCAGCUCUGCUUGUGAUUCAGAGCAGUUGGCUCCUGGAACUUGAGCGGGGAGGCUGAGGAACAAGGGGUGCAGUGACAGAGCGACUCUCACGACCCAGCUGGCAGCCUCACUGUAGUGGCUUCUAGGAAACUGGGCGUUCUACGCAGCUAACCAUUGAUACCACAUCACUCACAGACUGAAACCUGGCGUACUGCCUUACUGGGGGCGAGGGUUCGCGCUUUCCCCUUCACCAGCCACUCUGUGUGCUCCGUGAGGUCAGACUUACAGAAUUUCCUGAGAGCUUUUUGGGAAGAGGGGCAAAUGGCCACCUUUUAUAGCACAUGCCUUAAAUGUGGUGACCGCCCCAAGCACCACUGGGUGUGGCCCAAAAAUAUAACAAAAAGCCCCUAAUAGUCUGUUUUUAGAUUCGCAAGCAGAGCCAGCCCUGAGCUGAGCGCACGGUCCAUUUUUAAGGCAGUCCUGUUCUACCACUCGAGACAUCGCCUGCGACGUUUGUCUUUACAUGUCAAGCAGAUUUCUCUAGGCCAUGAAUGCUGAUGUGCACGAGCACGAGCAUGUGAGUUGAGGAAGUAAAGUGCUUCCCUUGCAUGUGGCUCACCGGAUUGGGAUCCCUGAGCUCCCCUCAGCCCCUAACUGGAGAGAGCACAGCAGACAGGGCCAGCUGGGCGGUCAAGUGAGUCCCAGCCAAGGGUAUGCCUUUCUGGGGGCCUCUUAAUAUUCGUUUAGCAGGUAGUGGUGGGUGGCCAUUGAGCCAGGCACAGCCAAGUAGCAGGUGUGACCCACUAUCUACAAAGUGCCACUGCGGGCUCAGAGAAUCGGAAGUCACCGUUUCACAGUUCAGAUACAUUCCAACAUAAAGUGUGGCCCGAGAAGCGACACUAACCUUUCUGCUAGAGCAGCAGCAGGGAGCUUGGGGACCUGUGUGUGCUGCCCUCACAGGCAGGGACCAAGUGGCAGCUGCCCUGUCUGGAUGCCAGUGCCACUGAUGCAGCUUCAGAAGAGCUCGAGCACUCCCAGCGCCGUCACUUCCUUUGUCUGACUUUAAUGAACUUUUACAAACUAACAGUCACCAGCACCAAAGAAGUCAACAGAAUUAAGUCAACUAACCUGCCUUGAAUUUGAGACCAGCAAUCCACAUUGCUUUAUCUGGUGUGAUCUUCUGCCUCUGAUCAUUUCUGGACCAUGUAGGACAAGGGAAUAGCAAUCGUUAAAAAUGUUGGGCCAGAGAACACUAUUUUACAUAGCAGUUUCUUUAUAUAUAAAGCAAGGCCUUGAAUUCUUCCUAUGGUUGCCUGAGCGUCCUUCGUGCUUUAUUCAGGGUGCAGUCUGCUACCGCAAACACCAUGUAAGCUCUAACAUUCCCCACAGGCUAGAGGAUCUUGAUGGUCUAGUACGGGCUGCCUCUUUAAAAGGAUACAUCUGACAUCUAAUGUGUCACAGAAGCACAUUACAAUGACAACACGGAAAGCGGAUCCAUCUUGUAUUAUAUCCUUAUAGGCAGAAGGCAUUUGGCAAAUUUUAUGUAUUGUUUAUGUACUGUACAAGUAACUUAUUCUUGAAUAAUGCAAAUUUUACUAUAAUGUACAAAUUGCUACAUGUGAAUUAAAAGUUUUCAGACUCUUGA